CAGUUUCUUGGUCCUCUGCCGGUACUUCUGGAUUCAAAGGAACCAGAAGAGGAACACCUUUUGCUGCUCAAACCGCGGUAAUAAAUGCUCUUCGUAAAGUAAUGAAUCGAGAUAUGCUACGAGCUGAAGUAUUUAUAAAAGGUCCCGGUCUCGGAAGAGAUGCAGCAUUACGAGCUAUUCAUAGAAGCGGUCUACUAUUAACUUUUAUAAGGGAUAUAACCCCUAUGCCACACAAUGGCUGUAGACCCCCCAAAAAACGACGUGUGUAGAAAUCAAAAGUGAACCUAUAUCAAGAGAAAUAGAAGAUUCACUAAUAUACUAAAUCAAAAUUUUUAUGGUUCGAGAGAAAGUAGCAGUAUCUACUCGGACACGACAGUGGAAAUGUGUUGAAUCAAGAAUAGACAGAGUAAACGCCUUUUUUAUGGCCGCUUUAUCCUAUCUCCACUUAUAAAAGGUCAAGCCGAUACAAUAGGAAUUGCGAUGCGAAGAGCUUUACUGGGAGAAAUAGAAGGGACAUGUAUCACACGUGUAAAAUCUGAGAAAGCCUCGCAUGAGUAUUCUACCAUAGGCGGGAUUCAAGAAUCGAUACAUGAGAUUUUAAUGAAUUUGAAAGAAAUUGUAUUGAGGAGCAAUCAAUAUGGAACUUGUGAUGCGUCUAUUUGUAUCAAGGGACCUCGACAUGUAACUGCCCAAGAUAUAAUAUUACCCCCUCAUGUACAAAUCGUUGAUAACACACAACAUAUAGCUUGGUUGACAGAACCUAUUGAUUUUUUUAUUGGAUUAAAAAUAGAGAGAAAUCGCGGAUAUUUCAACAAAGCGGUCCUUCACUUUGACGAUGGAAUUUAUCCUAUAGAUGCUCUAUUCAUGCCGGUUCAAAAUGCAAAUCAUAGUAUUCAUUCUUAUGGGAAUGAAAAACAAGAGAUACUUUUUUUGGAAAUAUGGACAAAUGGAAGUUUAACACCAAAAGAAGCACUUCAUGAAGCCGCCCGAAUCUUGAUUGAUUUCUUUAUUCCUUUUUUCCAUAUGGAAGAAGAAAACUUAUAUUUAGCGGAUGCGGAACACAAAAUUCCCCUAUCCUCCCUUAUCUUUUAUAAUAAAGUGACUAAACUUAUAAAAAAAAACUUUCAUUGAAAUUAAUAUUUAUUGACCAAUUAGAAUUCCCUCCCAAGAUAUAUAAUUGCUUGAAAAAGUCAAAUAUAUUUACAUUAUUUGAUCUUUUUAAUCACAAACAAGAAUAUCUUUUAAAAAUAGAACAUUUUCAACUAGAAGAUAUAAAAAACAUAUUGGGGAUUCUAGGAAAAUAUUUUGUACUUUAUUUAUAAGAAACUUAGGUUUAAUUAAUAAAUUAAUAAAAAAAACUUUU